AUGCCUUUGACAACAAGUCUCAAUAACAAAGAUGACAAAAGCAGCAAUAAUGGCUAUUCAAAACCUUCAAAUAUAACUCAGGAGGAAAAAGAAGCUAUGUUUCAAGAGCUUUUCAAAAAAUUCCAGGAAUCUUAUUGUGGUGAUAAUCCUGAACUAUAUAGCCCAUUUCCAACUGAUGUUGUAAACUUGCCUGUACUAACUGAUAAUGAUAUUAAUGAAAUCAGAGCCUUUCUUAAGAAACAUGAAAUGCUUGUUAAAGAAGGAAAAAUCCCAAUUCUUCUAACUGAACCUUCUCACGAUGAAAAUUUUCAUUUCAUUAAUAACAAUAACAUUCAUAAUAAUACUAAUAAAAAUAAAAAUAAAAUCAAUAAGAUCAAUAAAAUCAAUACAAAUAGCAGUACUAGUAAUCUGAAUUGCAAACUUAAUCUUGCUGGAAAUUCAAGCAUAAAUAACAGUAAAAGUAUUAUUAAUGAUAAUAGCGUGCCUCUCCCUCUCCCUCUCCCUCUACCUAAUGAAAAUGGCUUGAUCCAAAACAGUAUUUCGAUAACCAAAGAAACUAUAAAUCUUGAUUUCACCAAUUUCUCUGUUGAUUAUGAUAUCCUAAGUAGUACAAUACAGGAAAUGAUGAAUAGUGAUCCAAAUAAUCCAAGAGAUAAAUUAAUGGCUUCAAUCAAAAGUAGAGUAUAUGAAGAUUGGAAUAAGGAGUAUCCCAAUCUAACGAGAGAAAGUGCUGCUAAACAAGAAUUACUAAAUAAUUAUCUUUUAAAUAAAUCAAAAACCAAUACUGUUCGAAAUAAAAUCAUUCAAGAUCUGAAUCAAAAUUCAAGUAAAUUCUCAAAAAAUAACACAAAAUCCAAUGAUAAUGAUAAUUAUAUUCUACCAAAUCCAAUCUCGAAUCACCCCAAUAAAUCCAAUAGAUCUCAUAAUGACAACAAAAUCAUUUCAGAAAAUCUUAGUGCUACUACAACGAAACCCACUUCCACCGCUAAAAGUAUUGUUUGUGAUAAAGAAAAUAAACAUGGCAAAAAUAUUGAUUUUAAGGAGGAAAAUAACCAGUUUCAAAAUACCACAGUUGAAACUUUUGAAGAAUCAAAGACGUUUCAAAACCCCAAAUAUGGGCUUAAUAUUCAAACUACACCUGAAAAAUCUUCCAGUAACGUUAAUAUAAAUGUAAAUAUAAAUGUCACGAAUGGAAAACUGGAAAUUAGCUCCCCUAAUCGUGAUUCUGAUAUUAAUAAUAACAACAAAGAAAAUCGUGAAAUCCAAGCACCAGAUCUGACCAUGAAUCAAAAUUCCAAUCAAGAUUUAAAGAAUCCAAGUAAAGUAAUAAAACUGGAAAAUAUUGCCGAUACUAAUGACAGUAGUGAGACUCCAAUUGUAAAAAAGAAAAAUAAGAAAAAAUCUAAAAAUUCAAAUAAUUCAAAUAAUUCAAAUAAUUCAAAUAAUUCAAAUAAGAAUAUGAAUACCGACGAUUUCUAUUAUUGUUUGUUUUGUGAGUAUGAAGCUACUUUUGGUUCAAAGCCUGUUAAUUUUAUUGGGUGGUAUAAUGCAAGAAGAAAAUAUCAGGAGGAUUUGAAAAAUAAGCGUAACCAAAGAAAGAAAAAUAGAAAUUCCAAUGAUGCUGGCUCUGAUCCAUUUCAUCGUUGUGAUUGCCAUGAAUGUCAAAAACAAAGGAGGGAACUUAGUUUAUCUCAAAAUUCUAGCAUGACUCAAAAUAUGAAUUCAAAUAUUAACCCCAAUAUGAACAUGAACAUGAACAUGAAUAUGAAUAUGAACAUGGGGAUGAAUCCCAAUAUGGCAAUGAAUCCUAAUAUGAACAUGAGAAUGAAUAUCAAUACCAAUGGGACAAUAGACAUGAACAUGAAUAUGAAUCCUAAUAUGGGAAAUAGUUCAAAUAUGACGAUAAAUCCUAAUAUGGGUAAUAAUACUGACUCAAAUGUGAAUUCCAAUGUGAAUUAA